AUGAAGCAAAAGGAGUUCGUCAAGCUCUUCGAACUCUCCCAAGAGGAAGAAAUCCUCUACGCCUACCACUGCUCUCUGAAGGAAAAGGGCAAGCUGCUGAUAGAGGGCCACGUCUACUUGACCCAGAACUAUUUGUGUUUCUACGCCCACUUCUUUGGCCGCGAACGCAAGAUCACGAUCAAGUGGGAGCAGGUGAAGGGGCUGGAGCGAAAGUCCACGGCCAAGAUCAUCCCCAACGCCAUCCUCGUGCGCCUCAAGGGCAACAAGGAGGUGCUGUUCCGUAACUUUCUGAACAGGCAUGAGGCCUACACGGUGAUGGACAGGCUGUGGAAUAAGAAACAGCUCUCGGUCAAAUCAACCGAGAUCGCCCAGCUCACCCAGCAGAAGGACUGGAUGAAGCAGCUCAAGCGCGCCAUGAAAGAGAAGGCGGAUCGAUACGAGGUGGUGGGCAAGCUGGGCGAGGGAGGCUUCGGUCUCGUCUUCGUCGUGCUCGAUAAGCGCGACUUUCGACAAUACGUGCUCAAAGAGGUGUGCUGCAUCAACGAGGAGGAGGCCAAGGACGCCAUGCGUGAGAUGGUGCUCCUACGAUUGCUGCGUCAUCCCUACAUCGUGAAGUACAAGGACUUCUGGCAGGAGAAACUGCAUGUGUUCAUCGUCAUGGAAUAUUGCCAGGGCGGAGACGUGUCGGCUGUCAUCGAGGAGGGGAUCCCGAUCCCCGAGAAGCGAGUCGUCACAUGGCUGAUCCAGAUCCUGCUGGCGCUGGCGCACAUCCACUCCCACAAUGUGCUGCAUAGGGACAUCAAGCCGGGCAAUCUGUUCCUCAACAAGUGGAAGGACAUCAAGAUCGGCGACUUUGGCCUGUCGACAGUGCGCAAGAACAAGAAGAAGCAGCACCAGACCCCGGUCGGCACCAUGGGCUACGCCGCGCCCGAGCUGCUCAAGGGCAAGGCCUACAACGAAAAGUCGGACAUGUACGCCCUCGGGUGCUGCCUCUACGAGAUCCUCACCCUGCGCUCUGUCUACGACGACGAGCACGACGGGUGCUUCCCCAUGCCCAUCCCCUCGCUUUACAGCCACCAGUUGACGGAGAUUCUACACUCGCUUCUCCACGAACAAGAUACCAAGCGACCAUCGGCCAAAGACCUGCUCGACCAUCCGUUCCUCCAGGAGGAGGCCCGGAACAUCCGCACGCAGUCCGAGAUCUAUGCCGAGCUGCAGCAGCGAGAGGAUGAAGCGGACGAGCUGCGACUGAAGGUGAAUGUGCUCCAGCAGGAGGUGAGGCGAUUGAAGCCCAGUGCUCGACUUACGAGUGACGCCACUCGCAGAGAGGAAGAGGUAAUCAGCGAUACCGACAGUCGCGGCAGCGAGCACGAGAGCGGAAAGGGCAAGGAGGAGGUGGGUGAUCGAUCUCCAACGACAUCAAGUGAGGAGGAAAGGGUCUGCGAUGAAGCUGAUGAGGACGAGGACGAAGAGGAUGAAGAGGACGACAACGAAGCCGAGGAGCGAUACCUCGAGUGGAAGCGGAUGAAGGAGCAGCAAGCCACGCGUGGCUGGCAAACCGAACGCGUCGUCACCAACUCGAGCGCCACAUCGCUCGCGGCCCUACGUCGCAACUCUGUCAUGGGCUAG